AUGAAUGGCGACAACAUUUACAAGAUCCCCCACCUCAAGAAGGACGUGCAGAUGAAGCGGGGGUUCGGGAAUUGCACCCGUCAUGUGACGAAG